AGACUCGCGACGCGUACUCGAUCGUAUGACGCGCGCGAUCGACUGAUUGACGGUUAAAAGUUGGUUGAGACGGUACAACGUAAUUAUCGCUUAAUAGUAUAUUUGCUAUUAUUUUAUGGUAUAGCCGUCCAUCAGAGUCACCGAAUAUUUUUACUGUAAACUUUAUCUGGAGUUUGUUACAGUCAUCAUGCCUUGUGAACAGAAAUUGCGCCCUGUUCAGAGCUGUCAGAUGCUGCCAGAUGUGGUGUCCACCGAACAACAGUCACUGGUGCUUGUGAAGAAACUUUUAGCCAUUGCGGUCUCAAGCAUCACUUACCUCAGAGGUCUUUUCCCAGAAAAGGCCUAUGGACACAAAUAUGUUGGAGAGCUGAAAGUCCUAAUACUGCGAGAGCAAAGCUGUCCUGGUGCUCAGCAGAUUGUGCAGUGGUUGCAGGGAUGUUUUGAUGCACUUCAAAAAAGAUACCUGCGCAUGGUUCUUCUAUCAAUUUACUGUGAUCCAGACAAUCCACAGAAAGUGACUGAAUGCUACCAGUUUAAAAUCAAGUACACAGAGAACGGACCUCAGAUGGACUUUGAGAGCAAAAAUGGGCAGAUUGAGAGUAAAAUGGCCUGUGACAAUACCCAGAAAUCCAGUAUGCUGCUGGUGCGCAAACUUUACGUGCUGAUGCAACAUCUCGGCCCGCUGCCUGACAACAUCUGUCUCAACAUGAAACUCUUCUACUAUGAUGAGGUGACCCCUCAGGAGUAUCAGCCCCCUGGCUUCAAGGACGAUGACAACGAGACACUGUUGUUCGAGAGGGAACCAGUAAAUCUGACCAUGGGAGAGGUGGUCACACCUUUUCAUAGCCUCAGAAUGAAUGUCACCACUGAGCAAAGGAGAAUCGAGACGUUUGAUGAGGAGGAGGUAGUAUGUGUGAGUACAAAAUGGUCUUUGAACACAUUUGAGGAUGGAGUGAUGUCUGAGACCUCAGUUCAGCAGGAGUGUACAACAAAGGCGAAUGUAAUCACUGAUAGAGGCAUUGAAUACUCAGAAACCCAGGAGAACUCACAACAGGGUCACAGAAGUAGCAAGGAGGAUCUUAAUCUAACAAAUGCAAAGAUGGACAGUCUGGUAAAGAAAACUGCUGACCUUAAGGUGGAUGCAAGGAAGACCAGGAGCGGACGCAUCCUUGACCCUCACAUCUCUCAGUUAGAGUUCCCGCUGAGCCAAGAUCCCCAGCCUUCAGCCCCGAAGAGGCGCAAAGUCAGUGUACCUAAAGAACAUUGACUUGUACACUCACAGUAUUUCUAAUACAGCCACACAACAAGCAUGCUGUUGAUUUGUUUUCGUUUUUUGGAUUACUAUAGUUGCAGAAAUGCAUUGUUAAGUUUUAUGGUUUAAGGGAAUGUGAUAACAUGAGUGCAUAAAUUAAUUUUGUAUUUUGUAAUUUAUGUUAGUUUUCUAACAGAUAAAUUUGAAAUAGUUAUAUUUUGCUUUUAGUGCCAGGAAAUGUUAGUAGCAUGGCAAGAUUUAGUCACUACAAUUUACAGUACGUGCCGAUGUAAUGAGUCCACUAGAUGGCAGCAUACACUGUGCCUGAUUUUUUUUGUAUUAAAACAGUGAUUCCAUAAAAAAUAUAUAACGUGCAGUUUUCUGUAGGAAAGCAGUUUUAUGGAUGUACUUGAACCUGAGUGAUAUAAUUUAAUGAGUAAUGGGUUUUAGAGUUUAUGUCUAGAGAAGUGCAAAUAUUAGACUACAGAUGUUUGAACAGAAAACUAGAUCUGGCUUUGUUUUCUAAUGCCAAUCUAUACAGUUGAGCAACAUUACAUCUUCCAGCACGAUUGGAUAUGUUGGUGAGUUGUUAAGAUGUAUAUAUAAAAUUAUUAUUAGUAUUAUUAGUAAAAUUAUCAUUAGCAGUAAAUGUAGGCUUGUAAAGUCAAGGCCUGAAUCUUACUGUAUAUUUGCACCUGCUGACAGUCAACUGUCAACAAUCAGCUAUUUAAAAUAUGAGAGAUUCAUUAUUACUUGUAAAUAUCUUCUUUUCUUUUUUUUUAUCUUAAGUCUACUUAAAAAAAUGCACAGCAAUGGUUUUUUGCAACCAUAUUCUAGAAUUUCAUUGCAACAAUAGUGUGUAGUAGUCCCUGUUUACAGCUGCAUUCACUUUAUCUAGUUCCAAAAUAUUUGUUGGCUCAUUGCCUGAGUGUUCUAAGUUGGCUAGAGACAAAAGCAUCUAAAAAAAAAAAAAAAAAAAUCCAGAUAUGCAGUUUCAGGCUCGGCUGAAAAACACUGUCUUUGGGAUUUGAUUUGUCACUGAUCAGAAACCUCAGAAGCCCCUUUGCCUAUACACACAAAAGCUUUUAGUAUUGACAUCAGAGUUUCAACCAUUUAGCAUCUUCUCCACCUAAUUUACAGCAGAUGCUAGAAGUCACGUUUACCUCACACUGAUGACGCAAACAUAUCUCAGUUUGGACCCCAAAGUACAAUGUAAAAAGAGCUUUGGGGGGAGGGUAGCGGAGUGGAGUUUGGACCAAGCAAUCGAACUAGUUAGCUGCUGUCAGGCUGUGUAUCUGUGUGUGGGGGGUGAUAUUACCCCUCAGGGCAUCAGAGAGGGGGGGGCUUCAGACAUUUAGCAGGGGACUGUGAUCCCCUGACCUUGCCAGAAGGGUAGAAAAUGUUUUGCUGCUGAUUAGCAAUUCUUCAGCUUAGCAGCUUGGCUAAACUUUUAGUGCAAUUUAAUUUUUUUCCUGUUGUAAAGAAUGCCAACAAAAAUGAUAUGUAAGUUUUCAUCGUAAUAAAAAUACAGAAGAUA